AUGCCUCGCGAUGGAGAUGAACGCAGAGCAAGAACGGAUAUGCCGAACCACAAUGGACGUACCACUGAUAGGAGCUAUGCAGACGACAGGAGGAAAGAACCAAAUUUGGUUCGAAUGGACACGAACCGAACGAAAGCCGAGCGAGAACGCGAUAGAGGCCACAACAAAUCGCAUGAUAAGGGAGGGAGUGCCCACUCCAACGCUCAAUCUCGACCGCAGAAAACGAGUUCAAAUAAUGAGAUAGACGAAAUAGACUGCAUUAAUGCUUCAGAGGAACAUGGAAAUGUAUAUAUCACAAGGGCUCAGACACUGGCAAACGCCGUGUUGGACCUUCUUCCCAAAACUGACGAAUCCACACCACCGAGUAACAAAACUGUUAUUCAGCAGUUGAUGAGCUUCAUAACCCGGAGCACACCGGAGAAGCACCAUUCGAGCUCUGCCCACGCACAUAUCUCUCCUCAAAGAAUAACUGAGACCCUUCAGCAAUUAGCGCAAGCUCGAGUUGAUUCGAAGCAUUUAGAAGGUCAACUUCAAGAAGCGACGCGCACAAUAAAGCAUAAAGACAAUGAAAUCGACAAACUACAGAAGGAACAGAAUCGACUUGCUCAACUUUGGCAGACCACUUCGGAAGAACUCCAGCGGUACAACGAAUCUAAACAUGAGAUAAUGAAGUUGAAUGAUAGAGUCAAUGAGCUUCUAAUGGAAAGAGGCCGACUUCACACGGAACUAAAGCACCUAAGCAGCCUUCUCAAUAAUUCCAAACCAUUACCCGUGCAUGACAUAGGCACCCAUACGAAAGCCUCUCUGGACGAUUUUGAUCACACUUUGGAUCAGCUGUCGGAAAGCAGUAUUAAAGGUAGUGUAGAAGGACUCAAUGAUAUGAUAGACAACCUUGUGUCAAAUGUUCUCGAGAGAGCUGCCACUAUCUUUGCAGCAGAGGAUGCUUCGUGUCAGACCAGCCCGCAGCGUCCACCGCCCGUUCAUCAGGAUCACCCUUUGCUCUUGGCACUUUCCCAACCUUUUCUCAAUGAAGAGGGCCGCGGUUUUCUCUUAGAUGCUCUUAUUCACGCAAUGGUGAUAGAGGACUUGAAUAUAAUGUUCUUCCGCUUUUCUGUGACCCCUAUUUAUCACGGACCUUUGUUGCCGUUGGAGGACAUAUUUACAAAAAUAUCGGAAUUGGAGUCUUGGAAUACAUCACAGAGAUGGCGCGCGAUUACAUCGUCUCAUUUAGACAAAACGAUAGCACAUCCCAAGUCUCAUUUUGGUGAACAUGCGAGAGCUUGGGGUUUAGAGAUAGCUAACGCCAUUGUGCGCGCAUAUAAUGCAGACAUAUCAAGCUCGGAGAUAUUGCACAAGACCAUCAAGGAUGAAUUGGUGGCUAUCUACGUCGAAGCUUAUAGACUUUCUAUCUCUAUCAAACGGGACAUCCUCACUGUCCGUGUUUCUGUAUACCUCUAUGUGGGUAAUUCGUUUGAUCCCAAGAGAGCAGAAAGUGUCUGGGCGGAGAUGGGGACUAAGGCUGGGGACAGCGUGAUUGGAAAUUACCAUCUGGGCCUGAUAAAGCAGUUGGCAUCUGGGGAGUCAUAUUAUCUUAUCGUACCUCAAGUUAUCACGCAAUCCCUCCUCCGCCAUGUUGGGCAGGUCUCACACUAG